GGCGCUGCGGAGCGCCGCUGCGUCGCCCGGAAGCGAGGCGUUGUUGCCGUUGCUCGGUGAGGAGGCGGCGACGAUGGCGGCGGCGGAGCAGCGCUACCCGCGGAGCUCCAUCGAGGAUGACUUCAACUACGGCAGCAACGUGGCCUCGGCCAGCGUCCACAUCCGCAUGGCUUUUCUACGGAAAGUCUACAGCAUUCUCUCAGUUCAAGUUCUUUUGACCACAGUCACAUCUGCAAUUUUUCUGUACUGUACUGGAGUUCAGACAUUUGUGCAUGAAAGGCCUGCCUUGCUUUUGAUAUCUGCAUUUGGAUCUUUUGCUAUAAUCUUAGCAUUGACACUGUACAGACACCAACAUCCUGUUAAUUUAUACCUCCUUUUUGGAUUUACCCUUUUGGAAGCACUGACAGUUGCUAUUACAGUGAGUUUCUACGAUGUAUCCAUCGUCUUCCAAGCCUUUAUUCUUACUACUGCUGUAUUCCUUGGACUGACUGCAUAUACCUUGCAAUCAAAGAGAGACUUCAGCAAAUUUGGAGCAGGCCUCUUUGCUUGUUUGUGGAUUUUAAUCAUCUCAGGGUUCUUGAGGCUUUUUUUUUAUAGUGAGACAAUGGAGUUGGUGUUUGCUGCCGCUGGAGCGCUUCUGUUCUGUGGAUUUAUUAUUUAUGACACUCAUUUGCUGAUGCACAAAUUAUCCCCUGAAGAGUACAUAUUGGCUGCAAUCAAUCUCUACCUGGACAUCAUCAAUCUGUUCUUACACCUGCUGCGUUUACUAGAGGCAUUUAAUAAAAAGUAAUCAAAUGCAGUAUGGUUUGAAUAUAGCAUAUAUAAAGUUAAGUACCUAAAUAGUGUUAGUUUGGGUGAUCUACAAACUGUAUAGUUUUAUCUUCUAGAGACUGCAUCUCUAUUACUUUUUCAUUCCAUGAAUAUUGAUCCCUCCCUAGAAAUGAAAGGCUUUUCGUGUAGCUGACAAUUCUUUUCCAGAAUAUCUGUGUUAGUUAGAUGUAGCCAUUUCAGUCACUUUAAUUACUUAACUUAAUUUGCACUUUCCAUAAUUCAUGAUCAAAACAUUUGCCAGCUUCUGGUUUCUCUAGAAUAAGCUAUCAGAAAGCCUCUAUCUGCUAUUCUGUAGCUGCUGGAAAUGUUUCCCUUGGGGUUUUAUGCAUAUAGCAUAAAGGUAUUCUCAGUUUAUCAUUGUGCAAUGGCUUACUAAGCUAAACAUUUCUUUUGUUUUUUUGUUUGGUAAAAUGGAACACCCUCUCUAAAAGGGAGGUUCUAUUCCUGUUAUAGGCUUUCAUAUUAUUAUGUAAGCAGGGAGGGUAUUAAAACACUUCAAGAGAAUGUUCUUCAUUUAUUAAGAGUAAUUUAUUGCUUAUCUUUCAGUAUUCUGAAAAAUCAUUUAAAGAUGGAAUGUGGCAUCUUACCGACUUGCAUAUAUUAAGAUUAAUUAUCUGCCAGUAAAAAUUGGAAAACCUUUAGUCUUUCCUUGCAGCUCCGUGGAGGAGCAAACUUCAGGGGGCUGAGAAUGAAAAAUGUAAACCAUCAGUUGGCAGGCAAGCACUUGCUAAUUGGGCAGAAGCACCGUGACGGUGGCUGCUUUCCAGGCUGUCGAAAUGCUGAAAUGGCAGGCAGGGUAAAACAUUUUCAGUUGAUUUCUUGCUUAAAUAUUUAAUGUUGAUGUCUGAAGUACUGUUUGCCUUUCACCUGUCACAGCAGUGACAAAGAGGUGAAGUGAUAUGUAUUUCUGGCCUUAAAGCCGGGACGUUUCAUGGCCGUGUGUAUUUUCCAUGCUGGAGUUUUUACUGGGGGAUGCUGACAAAGGAAGUCUGCAAACUGUUUGUUUUGAGCCAGUGUGAUGGUAUCUCUUUUCUGACUUAAGGUUUUGUUGAGAAAUGUGUGGAAGUAGCCAAAAAUAAAGCUUCACUUUUUCCUUGUGA